AUGUCGGGAAAGAACGCUGGGAAACCGUCCAUGAGCGAGCUCAAGCUCCGACGACUGACAGAGCACAACCAGCGCCUGCGCGAAGACCUCGAGCGCCAACGGGUCCGAGUCUCGGAAGCCAGUGCCUCAUUGAUAAGGUACUGCAAGACGACGAGGGAUUAUCUCGUCCCGAGCGUGUGGGGACCGGUGCAGAAGGGUGAGGAUCCGUAUGCGCCUCAGGCUAGUGGUGGGUGCUGCACGGUUCAAUAG